GCCAAUGUUGUUGCGCCGCGAUGUGACUGCCGGUGCUAUGAAUUAUGAGGUUUUUGAAGCAGGUGGGAGAGCUCUUAGAUUCCGCAGAUGAGAAAGCCACUGAUACCGACCUUCAAAGCCUUACCAGGCAGGUUGGAGACACCUUUGGUGCAAAGAAGGCGGUGGAGGCGGUCGAGUCAGCCAAGCGCGUGACGUUGAACUUCGGCAUUGUGGAGGGACUCUCCGAUCUCAAGAAUCAAAUCGGAUCCGAUCUCAAGGAGCUCAGCUCACCAAGUCACCACCGCCCUGGUGAUGAAGCAGAAGACAGGCUUGCGGCCCUGAAAGAACGGGUCGCCGAGCUGCGUCUCAAAGAGGUCGAGCGAAACGAAGGUCGAGAUGGCCUGCAAAAGCGCUUGGAGGAGGUGGAGCUGUCCAUUCGACAGCUUCAAUCACAGGAGGCAGCCCAGGUGCCCUUGCAUCAAGAGACCUCGGCUGAUUUGGAGGCAAUGCAGAUCGAGUUCUGCGAGCGAGAAGCGGCCUCACGGCAACGCGAAGCCGCUGCCUUGGAGGCGAUUCAACAGGCCCAAGCAGCCAAUGAACAUCUCAUGCAGCAGCUGGAGUUUUGGCGAGACAAGGCUAAACAGCUGCUAGCCUCAUUGGGCCUUGAUGCAGUUCCAGAGGAUGUUGAACAGCAGAUCAGUAAAGAGGAGGAGGACCACUUCCCUAGCGAUGCACCUGUGGAGGGAGUGGACAACGAUGCAGAUGAGUCUGGCGGACAACUUGCUGAGGAUCAUGCGAAUCUGAAACAGACCAUUGAGGACUUGGAGAUGACCUUGGCUGAGCUGAUGAAAGGCUCCGAGGAGACCAUCCAGAGGGUGGAUCAGCAGCAGCACCACGAGAGGGAUUUGGCUUCGCAGCUUGCAGCUGCCGAGGCGCUUUCCUUAGCUCAAGCUCGGGAAGCAGAUGCCUUGCAGCGGAAGCUGGAGGAACUCCAGCAGGCUCAAGCAUCUCAAGCUGCCCCUGUGGUGGAAACCAUCUCUCCUUAUCGCGCUGCAUCGGCAGAGCUGAAUCAGCUCCGGCACGAGGUUGAAAGCUUGCGCCAGCGAGAAAGUGAGUUGACCCAAGGGAAUUCUGCCUUGGAGGUGAAAGCUGCGAGACUUCGGGAAAAGGCGGCGGAGGACUUGGAACGAGCCGUACCCUCCAUUGAUACAACCUGGUGGACUUGGCUGGAUGAGCCACUCUUAAAGCUGGUGACACUUCUGGUGAAGUCGACUUGCCUGCGAAGGUCCUUCGCUUUGCACCUGCUGGCAACGGAUGGCACAAUCGCCAUCCGCAGCGGCAACACAACCAGGAGGUUUAAGGCAUCCUUGGCUGGCAGCCGCAAUACAGAGUUCUUGAAGCUCGUGGAGCGAACGGAGGGUGCCUUCCAAUCGGGAGAUGACACAGCCGUCGAGGAAGUGAGAAGAAUCCUGGCAGAUGUGCGACAGCAGUACGAUCAAGUGCACCUGGAAUCUGAGAGAAGGGAGGCCGAGAUCGUGAAGCUGCGCGAGCAGAUCCGAGUGGCAGAUCGGAGUCACGGUUAUGGGGCAGAUGAGUCGUCCAAGAAGGAGGACUCCUGUCAUGCAAUCGACAAGCAGCUACAAGAAACCACCAAGGCAUUGGUCGAAGCCAAGACGUCCAAGAAGGUGUACACCCACAUGUGUGAAAGGAUCACGAAAGAACAGGCGCUCUUGAAAGAAAAGUUGCUCUUGAUGGAGGCUCAUUUGCAGAGAAAGUCUGCAGAAUCCCAAAGAAAGGUUGCCGUUCAAGAACGUUUGGUGCGCAAGGGAGCCCAAUGUUCGCAGGACUUGGACAUCCUUGAGCAAGAUGUUGAGCAUGAAAGAGUGGUACGGGAAGAUGCUCUGGCGAAGAUGGCAUUAUGCCUUCAGGCGAAGAUUGAAGCAGGUGAGCGACGCAACAAGUUCGAGGAAUGGCGACACGAGGUUGCUCUUGACGCAGCAAAUGAAGCCUUCAAUGCUUCAGCGGGUCGUCUUCGAAAGCUCUAUGCGGUGGAAAAGCUUGCUGGGAACUGCCUGCAGAAAGUCACCUUCGAACAGGUGGAAAGGUCCCAAAACACCGAGGACGGUUUCCAAAAGAUCCGGGAGGUGACCGGUUUGGCAGAUGUCAUGGAUAUCGUGCACAAGUUCUUGAACCGCGAUGUCGAGCAUGAGCAGCUCAAGAGUUCGGUGAAGGAAGCCGAGAUGCGCCUGGAUACCUUGCGGGAGCAGUUCGAGCGCUUCAAACGCGACACCGAUGGCAUCACCUUUGACACCGACACUUCGGGAAAGUCUAGGUCCAUCUACCUGGAGGUAGAGGAUCAUGAGGCCAAGCUGAACCUCUGCCAAAAGGAGCACGAGCAAAGCCGGGACAAGCUCCAACAAAGCACUUUGCAGGUGGAACACAUGAAGCGUUGGGCCAAUCGCAUGGGCCGGUCCCUUUCAAUGUUUGAGGAUUGCGUCCGUGUGGAAAAGCCCUCGGAUCUUCCCGUGUUCUAUCAGCAAAUGCAGAGAGCCGUGGACAAAUUCAUUGCCCACAUCGUCCAGCAGAUUUCCUCUGGCAAGGUGCAGAGGAAGAACAUGUCUCAAGUGGCCAGCAAGGAGUACCACGAGGCCAGAAGGCUAUUGGCUGACAAGGAUUUCUUGAAGGCGAAUUGCCGCGUGCCUGCGUCGCUGGAUGCUGGCCGGCCUCCCUCCCGUCAGGGCCAGACAGGGGCUCCCGAAGAAGAUGCUGCAGAUGUGCAUCAGCAAGAGCGUGAAAGGUGCAAGAAGGAAUCGAAUGAUCGGGUGGCUGAUGUCAUGCGCAAAGCUGAAAUGCAAAAGAAGAGGGGCGGCUUGAAAUGAAUUCAAAU